AUGCUGGUGACCUAUUUGGAAGCCAGCCGGGACCUUUGCGAGACGGACUCAAUUCUUUUUGGCGCCGCGCUGGCAGUCUGCCGUAUCAUAGGCGCCAAGGUUUCCACGGCUGGACGCGCUACUGGCCAUAGUAGAGCUAUCCCAGCAUGGAGAAGAAGAAUUGAGGAACGUAUCGCAAAGGCUAGACCUCAUCGGCAGACUGAUAUGCUUCAGAUCAGGCAACAACUAGCCAAGAAUUGUGCGCACCGUCAGGAUGGCGUUUGCUGGGACAAAUGUCAGUUUGUCCCAGCCGGAUAUAACGCAAAAACUGACGGAGCGCAUAGAUGA